UCGAUGCGCAUAACAAAUCCCCUCCGCAAGAUUCCCAUCUCGUCGAGCCCAGCUCCAGACCAGCGUUUGGUUUUGGAUUUUUCCAGCGCGUAAAACACGCGUCUCCGUACCGGGGACGAUUCAGAUGUGAUUGUGCACAACGUGGGUGUUGUGCGUGUGUGUGCGCGCGUGCGUGCGUGCGCGCGCGUGCGUUGGUGGGGAGUGUAGGAGAAGGAGGAGAGCGGCGGUGUGACACGCGUGUGUUUACACCUCCUGCGUUAUGGCGUGUGGCUCCUCGCGGACUGACCACCGGCUCAACUGCACCUGUGUGAACGACCUUGCGAUCGUGACCGAGAUUCCCCUCUCGAGCCUCCUGCGGACGACCGGCGUGUCGCCGUCCACCGCGAGCGCUGAAUUCAAGAUAUUUCAAGAUAAGAAGAGGGCGGACGAUUGAACGUGUUGGGGUUUGCCUGAGUUCGGGCUUUCACCAAAAACACCAUCUCGAUCCAACAGGUCAAGCUCCCCUCCCUCGGACAACAAGAGUGCCAUUUCAAAGCUUAUUGGAUGAAAGUCUCAUUUGCCCGUGGCUGCCAAAGAUGACGUUGCUAUGGAAACAGUUUCUACUGUUAUCAAUCAUUGACUGUCUGGCAGAUUGUCUAGACAGUGGAUCGUAUCAUGGUCCAAGAUGGAGGAUGGAGCCAGGGGACCUGUUCAUUCCUGUCGACUCCAUAGAGGAGGAGGCCACUCUGACCUGUGACGCUAAGGGAACGCCACCUCCUCAGUACAGAUGGUCAUUGAAUGGCACCCUCAUAAAUCUGGGCCAGGAUCGCCGACGGCGUCUGUCUGGGGGCAACCUCAUUAUAAGCAGCCUGGACCGCCACCAGGAUGUAGGGAUGUACCAGUGCAUGGCCUACAACACUGUAGGAGCUGUCCUCAGCAGGAGAGCACGUCUACAGUUUGCCUACUUAGAUCAUUUCAAAGUCCAUACCAGAAGCGCGGUGUCAGUCCGAGAGGGACAAGGAGUGGUGCUACUUUGCGGGACGCCUACAUCCUCAGGAGACCUCACCUAUGCGUGGGUCUUCAAUGAGUACCCAUACUUUGUUCAGCAAGACAAUCGCCGUUUCGUGUCCCAGCAGACGGGAAACCUUUACAUUUCCAAGGUGGAGCCCUCUGAUGUUGGCAACUACACUUGCGUGGUGAUGAACAGCGUCACAAAGGGCAAAGUUCACAGCUCGCCUACGUCCCUGAUCCUCCGGACGGAUGGAGUGAUGGGUGAAUACGAGCCCAAAAUAGAAGUUCAUUUCCCCGACAAUGUACCCGCCGCGAAAGGAUCAACAGUUACGCUGGAGUGUUUCGCCCUUGGGAACCCCGUGCCGGAGAUCACCUGGAAGAGGGCUAACGGCGUACCUUUCCCCAGCAAGGUCAAAAUGAAGUACUCCAACGCCGUGCUGGAGAUCCCCAGCUUCCAGCAGGACGAUGCGGGAGGGUACGAGUGCUUGGCUGAGAACAAGAUGGGGAAGAACACAGCCACUGGCCGCCUGGCUUUCUACGCCAAGCCCCAGUGGAUCCAGACCAUGAAGGACACGGCCCUGGCCAUUGAGGAGAGACUGUACUGGGAGUGUCGGGCCAACGGCAAGCCCAAACCCUCCUACACGUGGCUGAAGAACGGCCAACAGCUUCUCUCCGAGGAGAGGAUCCGUGUGGAGGACGGAGUCCUGUCGGUGUCGGUGCUGACGCUGUCCGACGCCGGCAUGUACCAGUGUGUGGCCGAGAAUAAACACGGUGUCAUUUAUUUCGCUGCUGAACUGAUGGUUUUAGCCUCUCCGCCAGACUUCACAGGGAACGUCCUCCGAGCGCUGCUCAAAGCCAAGGCAGGAACCACGGUGACUUUGGAGUGUAAACCCCAGGCCUAUCCCAUCGCCAGCAUUUUGUGGAAGAAAGGAAACCUGCCUAUCCACACCGGUGACAGGAUCACACUUUCCCCAGAUGGAACGCUGAGGCUUGCCAACGUGAGCAAGUCCGAUGCGGGCAGCUAUACGUGCUUCGCUCGGAAUAGAUUUGGCAUGUCGAGCACGACGGGGAGGCUCCUUGUUACCGAUCCAACCAGAAUCGUCCAGGGGCCAGUGGACAUGGAGAUCAUUGUGGGCGAGAGCAUCGUGUUACCGUGUCAGGUCUCCAGCGACCCCGUCCUUGACGUCUCUUUCUCCUGGGCCUUCAACGGACAGCUCAUCGCCAAGGGAGACGGACACUUUGAGCUCGUGGGUGGGAGAACAGCAGGAGAUCUGAUGAUCAGAAACGUUCAGCUUUACCAUGCCGGCAAAUACAUCUGCGUGGUGGACACCGACGUGGAGAGUCUGUCAGCGGUGGCUGUAAUGAUUGUGAAAGGCCCCCCCAGCCCACCCGACUCCGUGACGGUGGAGGAGGUGACAGACAGCACGGCUCAGCUGACCUGGAGCUCGGGCAGAGACAACGGCAGCCCCAUCACCAAUUACCUCAUACAGACCCGGACUCCUUUCACCGUGGGCUGGCAGAGGGUUAACACGGUCCCUGAGGAUCUCGAUGGGAACAUGCUGACAGCCACUGUGGUGGACCUCAACGCCUGGGUGGAGUAUGAGUUUCGAGUUUUGGCCAGGAACAGUGUUGGAGUAGGAGAGCCCAGCCCCGUGUCCGUCAAGACCCGGACAGAGGACGCAGUUCCUGAUGCAGCGCCGGGUGACGUGGGAGGAGGCGGCGGAAGCAGAUCUGAACUGGUCAUCACAUGGGAGCCUGUCCCCGAAGAACUGCAGAAUGGUGAGAGCUUUGGCUACAUCAUUGCUUUCCGCGCAUUCGGAGAAGUUACCUGGACUCACGUGGCCACCUCUGCCCCCGGGGCGUCACGCUAUGUGUACCGCAACGACAGCAUCACGCCCUUCUCCCCAUUUCAUGUCAAGGUUGGCACUUACAACAGCAAAGGGCAGGGUCCCUUCAGCCCCGUGGUCACCAUCUACUCCGCAGAGAUAGAGCCAAGUGGGAUGCCAGCAGGAGUUUGGGCCAGAAGUGUCUCAGCCUCUGAGAUUGAGGUGAAUUGGCAGGCGCUCUCCUUCACCCCUGAAAGGGUUCUGGGCUACGAGGUGGUUUACUGGGAAGACGACACUAAACCAGAGACCAUGGGGAAGGUUCGGGUGCCGUGGAACCAGACCUCGGUCACAGUGAGCGGCUUGGCGGGGAACACUCAGUAUUUCCUAACAGUCAGCGCCUUCAACACCGCGGGCACCGGCCCCUUCCUCCCUGCGAUCAAUGUCACCACCAAAAAGCCACCACCAGCUCAGCCUCCACUAAAUGUUGAAUGGACCCUAAUUGGCUCUCAGCUGUCUCUUUAUUGGGAACCUGUGGUGGCAAUGGAAUCAGAGUGUGAAGUUACAGGCUACCAACUGUCAUACAGGAGGCAGAGACACAAAGAGGUAAACACACUCACAACAGCCAACUCGACAGCCGAGCUGACCCUCCCCGAGGACGACGACGAUUACAUCAUCCACAUUCAGACGCUGAGCGAGGGAGGGCUGGGCCCGGCCUCGGAUCCCAUACGAAUCCACCAAUUGAGUAUGAGUGCCCGUGGCUCGAGAGCCUGGAGCGUGGACAACUCCCCCCUCUCCCUGUUCCUCGCCCUUGCAAUAUCAGCAUUCAGGUCAACGUCAUGACACAAUGAGAGAUUUUGCUCUUUUUCAACAAUCAGUAUUGUUUGUUUGUUCUCUUUCUUUUAUUUGUGAAAGCUUUCUUUUCCCCCUCUAAUCUGGAGGUGCCACCAUACUUCAAUAGUUUUUUGCUGUGUUAGUUUGCAGGUCCGAAGCAGCACGGGAGCGGAGCGUGCUGUCAGAUACUUUAUUAACAGUAAUUGCUUGAGCUGCUUUUUUUUCUCUUUUUUAAUUGAAUUGUAGGUCUGUUUUGACAUUUUCGCUGGUUGGGAACAAUGCUCCAUUUCAACUUUUUUUUCUUCUUUUUCUCUAGAAUGAUACAGAUGCCUUACUUCCAUUCAUGUGCCAAAGUAGUUUCCGCCUUCUCGUUGUUAUGCUAAGAUAGCCACAUGCUUUCCUCAAGACUGCAAUCCUCACUGUUUCUUAUUGUUGAAGGUGUCGGUGUACCGGCGGAGGGCCACGAUGAGAAGUUGUAUUUUGUAUUUUUGAAUAUUUUCAGAUUUCUUCUCUAAAUCUGAUUUGGCGAGUAUAGGGACAUGUUCAUUCACCCGCGCCCGUGCCUUUGGAGGUUCUUGUAACGGCGUCACAUAAAGACACUAGUCGUGUGGUACUUGGUGUUUCUGCAGCCACCUUCAUCUUUACGUGCUCCUCUGAAAGUCGCUUGAUGAAACCGGGGCCACGGUGCCAGUGUUAGCCAUUCACCUUUUAUCAUUUGAUCGUGGAAAAGCUGAAUGUACCAUGAGGACUCCUAAAGGUUUUAACACCUCACAACUGUCAUUAUAUUUGUCGGCUGACGGAUGGAUUGGACCACAUUUGCCUGUGCAGGGCAGUAGUGGGAGAUGUUCGCAGCAGCCGGUGUAUUUACUUCAACGCUGGUGCUGAAACGAAAAGGCAGUCGACAAAAAAUAAUCAAUAGUCGGCAGCAACGUUUUAAGUCAUUGAUCACGGAAAAUGCCAAACAUCCACUGGUUCCAGCUUCUCAAAUAUGAACUGCCUUUCUCUGUUUUACAUGGAGGGAACAGUGUAAACAGUGUUUGUUCCAUCACAUUACAUUUGUCUCGACGGAAUCAGACUUGGAGGGUUCUCUCCUGCUUUAUAACAUGCCCCAAACCUACCAUGUCUUUCAAAUGUCACUCAUUCAAUCACUCGUAUUACAUUUCUGUCUCAGCUUCAUAUACAGUUACAGUUAAAGUAUGGAAUGCACAGCUAUACCUGUAUCUGAAGCUGCGUUCAGACAUGCACCGAUGUCCGGACAUUUUACCAAAUUUCUCUGGAGCGGCAGUAUGUGUAUAUACACAUGUAUAGUAUACAGCAGGAGAGGGUCUGGAAGAGACACAGCGAGCAAGUGGGGGUUACUGUCAUGUCCUGCCUCCUGCAUGCUCUACCCAGACGCCACAGCAUGUACCGCAAGUACUCCUGUUGGUGGGAACGCAUCGGACUCGCACAACGUCCUGCUGCGCCCGUCAUUACGCGAAAGACGUCGGAAAAUGUCCGAAACCGAUUUUCACGGACACCGCGUCCGAAAUCAUCUUAAGAAUUUUUUUAAUUAACAAUUGCAAAAUCCAGCUAUCUAUAGCAUGAAGUGAAACAAAAUGGAAAUUCGUAUGAUAUCGUUUAAUAUCCGACAAUAGCAGAGUUCAAAUCCACUGUAAAUCAAAAAUCCCAGCUGGAGUUGGAGGAUAAUCUCCAUACCACUCCAACUCGUACAUCAUUCUGUUUCACUAUGGAGUUGAUUAGCUAAGGAUAUUAUAAAGACGAGGGCCUGGCUUUGUCCAACGUUCAACAAAUACACCUUCCAGCACCGAUGAAGCUCGCUAAUUAGCGCGUUGUUUCGUGUUUGUUGAAUCGAUAAAGGCAUACUUCAUCAGAACCGCUUGUCGAAUGGCCGGCUCCAUAGUUAAAUGCAGAGACACGAGAGUGGUAUUGACUUUCUCUUCUUACUCUCAGCAAGAAAGCAAACAACCACAUUUCCCAAAAUGUUGAAGCGUUCCUUUAAAGAGUAAUUUCACUAAACGCUCUCGAAUCAUUAAGUAGCACAGUUAAACAAUGAUAGAGAAUAGCCGUUGACUGUGUAAGUUCAUUCUGGGUGUCUGGAACAAUAGUUUGACAAAUUGAUCUCAACUCAGGAUGCACUCAAUUUGCUUUCUCCAGAGCUUUGAACCUCACAAUAUAUCAUCAAGUGAACAGUUUGCUCAGUUGUCAAGGAUCAUCACGAGGCCGAUGUUCCUCACGUCAGUCACCUGACUGUGGUUACGUCAGCCGAACCAACACCGAGCAAAGUCCAAUUGCUGAUUUGGCGGAGAGCUUUGGUUAAGCGCAAUUUGAGUUCAAAUGAUUCUGUCAGAACAGCUGUCAACGCUGCUGCAUUAAUUUAUAGUCGUGAACAAUCACCUGCGUCAGAAAAUUUCACUGGUUUUUCGACAUUUUAGAGAGACAAAUAUUAAUUGCGAAAUACACCCGUCUGAUUCAUCAAUAAUGAAAAUAAUCAUUAUUGGCGGCCUUAGUCUGCGUCCAUCUGAGCGGCACACAGCUCGUGCCAGUCAACGUGCAUCAUCAGCCGGCACGGUGGAGACGAGAGAGGUUCGUAGUGCUGCCGAAUGUGCCAGUCUGAUACGUGAUCAGUCUAGCCACCAGCCUAGAUGUUACUUGGCAAAAUGUGUGUUUUAAUAUGUGGUUCUGUUCCUCGUCAUUUUUUUUUUUUUUAAUGCGGUAUGUGUUGUCAUUGUUCAUUCAUGUAUUUCAGCGUUACCCCACUGCUCAGGUAUUCAGACCUGCUUCACCCCAUGUUUCAAUCGCUCUGAGAUGGCAGCAGCAGCAGCAGCAGCAGAAAGAUCGGAAAUCAGUCGGCACAAAACACAAGGGUCUGUUUAACAGUCUGACUUGACAAAUGGAAAGCCUGAUGAUAUAGCAGACAUUAAAACAGUUUAAUAAAUUAGAACAGGCCUGAGGGGCUACUAAGGGAAAAGGGCACCGGAGUAAUGGUACUAAUGACGCCCACACAAAAAGACCAAUACAUCAAGGAUUUGGGGAGGACUAAAUCAGGACAGUCCCAUCAAGAUGAAACCAGGAAGAUUUGUGUGUGUGUGUGUGUGUGUGUGUGUGUGUGUGUGUGUGUGUGUGUUGGUGUUGUUAUAACCUUACCCCAGUGUCAUGGGUAAGUGUUUUCAAGAAGGACAUUCAGCUAAAAAAAAACAUUCAAACUAAUUUUUUGUACUUAUCCAUGGUUCAGGGCUCUGAGCUACUGAAGCAUUGCAAACAUUAAAAUCGAGUUAUACAAGGUCAAAAUGGGAGGUAGAGAAACGAAAAGUUUGAGCUGUAGGGGGUGUUGAAAACUCUGUUGGUGUUUUUUUUGUUUGAUCAAAUUACAAUGGAUCGCCAGUGCAAAGGAACAAGCGGGGGGGGGGGGGGGGGGGGGGAAAUGUCCACAAUCCAAGGCCAGGUCUGGUGCACCAUGCAAGAUCAAAUUUGUAUUAGAUGUGAAAACAAGGGGUUUUCUUUCUCGGUGAGUGUUGAUACCUUUUUCUGAAAGCAGUCUUUGAAUCCUGUUAUUUUGUUUUUGUGGCUAAACGUGUGGUUAACCUGUAUCCAUUCUCUCAUCACAGAAUGUCAUUGUUAAGCGAACAGAUGUUUACACCGGAAACGCAUCUUUCUGGCUGAUUUACUGAUCAUGUGAACUGAAAAUAGGCAACAUUACACAGUUUAUGAACUGGUGUCUUGGGAACAUAGAAGCAUUGCCAACCUCUUAGUUUUGUAUCGUAUCAGUACUGUGAGAUGUUUAGAUUUGGACUUUGAUUUUUCUCUCUUUUUUUUUUUGAAUGUUUGCUAUGGUUGCUGAUUGUUUCAUAUUUUCUUCCGAAAAUUCUGCACAAAGGUCAAGUGUUGAUUUAAAAUACCAAUUAGGAGCCAGUGUUGGCUGAUUGAAGUGCCACUGCAGUGUGAGAAUCUCUCGUUCCGUCAUACAGUUCACUGUACAUACUGUAUGCAUUUUGUUGAGAGUUGACGCAACGCCCCCCAACUGGGAGACAAAUUGUGGUGUCCUACUUCCAAUUGCAAUUCUCAGUCAAACCCAGAAUCUGAAGGGGGAAAAAAAAGUCACAUUUUCUACGAGCUGCUAUCACACACAGCCUUUUGGUGCAGUGACACAAACACUACCUGUUACAAGGUAGUCAGUUGAUGCACAGUUGGUCUUUUUUAUACCAGUACAAUUUUAAAAAUGUUCUUGCUACUUUCAGGAUCAGAAAAGGCAAAAUUAAUCAGAAAACUUCAAAAAAAAAUUAGCUGCCCCAAAUUUUGGAAGAUUGAUGAAUGAAACGAUCGCCGCUGUGGGCGACAACGCUUGGCCUUUCUGCUGUGACUCCUCUGUAUUUUUGAUGUCCAGGUGAUCUCCGUGAGAUCGUGGCAUAGACGUUUUCACAUUGAAAAGACAUCAGCUGAUCUUGAUAUGCUGAAGCUGUGCAUGUAUGAUAUUGUUUGGUGCAUUUGUGUUUUCUAAAUGAGGGAGUUAAUAAAAACAAUUCACUGAC